AUGGUACCAUUUGAUUAUUGUUGUUCAUCAGUUAAAAAAGAAUUAAAAAAACGUACAUGUAAAGUAUGUAAUCAAUAUAUUCCAUCAGCAUAUCGUAUGAAAAAUCAUUAUAAAAUUCAUGCACAAUAUUAUGAUGAUUUUGAUCACGAUCAAGAUGAUAAAUUGCCAGCAACAACUGACAUGGCAACAAUUUCAAAUGAAGAUCAACCAACAACAACAGCACCACCACCACCACCACCUGUAUUUAAAACAGAAAUGAUAGAUUGGCUUCGAUCAGAUUUUGAUGAUUUUGAUUUGGGUCCAACACCAACACAACUUGCAAGUGAUCGUGUUACACGUUCCAUGAAAAAAUUACGUGUUCAAGAAAAUAAAGAAGAACCUGACAGUAAAGAUUGGGUCCACGUAGAAUAA